UCCUCCCUCCCCUUGCCCUUUAUUCAGUCCAUCGUUCUAUCUACUCCCCCGAUCUCUUAGCAAGAUGAAGCUCAGCGUGGAUUCUUUGUUGAGCUCCUUGAAGAGGAGCUCCUCCUCGAAGAACGAGAAGAAGAAGAGCAGGCGCUCCGUCGCUCGGGCGGACGCCUCCUUCGCUUCCAACUCUUCUUUUUCUGCUUCUUCCUCUUCCGAGGAGGAGUAUUCGGCCGUCUCUGCCCGCCAAGCCACGCCAAGAUCCGUCCUCCCGCCGGACCAUGGAAAGGCGCCUGUCGUCUUCCUCCCUGACGAGGCCGCCUGGCUCGACCUCUUCAACGUGUUCGACUGCGACGGGGACGGCAAGAUCACGAAGCGGGAGCUGGAGGCGGUACUGCGGCGGCUCGUCCCGGACCCGCCCACUGCGGAGGAGGUGGCAUCCAUGGUGGCGGAGGUGGACCGCGACGGGGACGGGUGCAUCAGCCUGGACGAGUUCGGCGCGCUCGGGGCGUUGCUGGGCGGGGGGCGCGGCGGGGAGUCCGAGCUGCGGGACGCCUUCGCGGUGUUCGACGCGGACGGGGACGGGAAGAUCUCGGCGGAGGAGCUUCUGGGCGUGUUCGCCACGCUGGGCGACGGCGGCUGCACGCUCGACGACUGCCGCCGGAUGAUCGGCGGCGUCGACACCGACGGCGACGGCUUCGUCGGCUUCGAUGAUUUCGUCCGCAUGAUGGACGGCCAGAUGUGUCACUGACGCCGCCGAACCAGAUGCGGACGGCGUUCAUGGGUGAAGAAAUCAAUAGUUGUGGGCGGGAGGGUUUUGGUGCCAAAUUUUUGUAACAUGUAAAAAGAAAUGGUUGGUUCCGAUCAAUUAAACUGCUUCCCCCCAAAAAAAAAGAAAAAGAAGAUAAAAAUGUGUUCGACUAAAUGAUUUGAUGCCAAACCGAGAUAUUGACGAAGCAGAAAGCAAGAACGAGUGAGAUUAGGCAGCGAAUGUUGAGAGGGCAGUGAACGAGAAAGAAGAGCAUCGAAGGGUACCGCGAAUGCUGUGAUCUCGAAGGGCAGAGGCAAGAGGGGCACAUGAAGGCAAACACUUGUCCCUGUUGUCGACAUCUUCUAGCGCUGACACUGCGAGGAAGAAACCUUGCAACCUCAAACACCGUCUCAUGAAGGCACAUAGAUGAAUGUCCGGUUCAAACGAAUGUGACAGGAUCUUAAUAAUACUGCAAGGAAGAGACUUUGGGCUUCCACAUGAUUCCUGCAACAAAGUAUUAAAUCACAUCUAAACAUUAUUAAGGCACAACUCCUGCAACGGGCCAAUGUUCAUCGUACCGUAUGUUAAUCUUUGCAGGAGCCGUUUCAAAUAGAACAGUGUGUAGACAUAGCGAAUAUACAAUUAAGAUUCUUCUCGAGCACCUUUAAUA